UUUGCGCGCACACUGAAAACUGCCUAGAGAUAUUGUACCUCUGCCUACUAUCAAAUCACUUUGGGCAUUAUACAACUGUGGCUGGAGCUGGACAGGUGAAUGACUGAAGAUGGAAAAUGUACUAUAAAGGUUUUCCAGAAAAAAAAUACAGAUCCCUAUAAAACUCUGAGUGAAGAUGGCAUUCUUUAAAAACAACUUCUGGGGGGAGAAGAAUGCAGGCUUUUGACGUGUUGUACCACAACAUGAAGCAUGGCCAGAUUGCUACCAAGGAGCUGGCAGAGUUUGUCCGUGAGAGGGCUGCCAUCGAGGAGACCUACUCCAAGUCCAUGAGCAAACUGGCCAAAAUGGCAUGCAAUGGAAGCCCACUAGGGACGUUUGCUCCUAUGUGGGACUUGUUCCGGGUGUCAUCAGACAAGCUGGCUCUCUGCCACCUGGAGCUGAUGCGUAAGAUGAAUGACCUCAUCCGGGACAUCAACAAGUAUGGUGACGAGCAGGUCAAAGUUCACCGCAAGACCAAGGAGGAGCAGGUGGGGACCCUGGAGGCUGUUCAGGCCGUCCAGGUGCAGAGUGGUCACCUCCAGAAGUCCAGGGAGGGAUACCACGCCAAGUGUAUUGAGCUGGACAGACUGAGGAAAGAGGGAGCUCCCCAGAAAGAACUGGAGAAGGCGGAGAUGAAGUCUAAGAAAUCUGCAGAGUCGUUUGCUGUGUGUAUAGAGAAGUAUAACCGCGUUGGAGGAGACUUCGAGCAGAAGAUGAGCGAAUCAGCCCAGAAGUUCCAGGACAUUGAGGAGGCCCACCUGAGGCAGAUGAAACAGCUGAUCAAGGGAUACUCCCACUCCAUAGAGGACACCCACGUCCAGGUGGGACAGGUCCAUGAGGAGUUCAAACAGAACGUGGAGAACAUCGGCAUAGAUAACCUCAUCCAGAGGUUUGCAGAGCAGAAGGGCACAGGGAAGGACAAACCAGCCCUGGUGGGGUUUGAGGAGUACAUGACAGCUUUAGUACCGGAGGGGAGUAAGAAGAGUCGAGGAAAAGCCUUCAGGAUUCCUGGACUGGGCAAGAGGGACAAAGAGCCAGACUCAACGGAUUCAGCUGUGACGGAGACACCAAACUCUCCCCUAGAGGUGGAUGAGGAGGGGUUUGUAAUCCGAGCAGACGUCAAUCAGAAUGGCUGCUCGAUGGAGGACAACUUCUACUCCAGCGACUCUGACUUUGACGACGAGGAGCCCAAGAAGUUCCACAUCCAGAUCCGUCCGGUGGGCAGCAGCAACUCUGCUGCUACAGAGAUGGAGCUGAAGGCCACCGUGGGGGCACUCACACUGCCCCCCAACAGAGGGGUGUCAAUCAAACGUCAUCUCUCCAGAAACAGCAGUACUACAGGACGUUCAGAGGGGGAGGGAGAGGGCGCCACCCACAGGGAGGGAGAGCAGGACGGCCUAUGCAGAUCCACCUCCAGUCCAGAUCCCAGUAGGUUGAGUUCUACUGCGUCAGGCUCGGACAGUCUCUUUGGACCUCCUCUGGAGUCGGCCUUCAAGUCAAAAAGCUUUGCUGGCAGAGAUCAGCUACAGAGAGCAGAGAGUGUCUUUGGUGCUUCUGAAUAUGCUGCCUUCUCCUCUGACUCCUCCUCUCCAGAGAACAUAGAGGACUCAGGGCUGGACUCACCUUCCCAUCAGCCCCUGGGCCCCUCCCCUGAGCCGGCUGGUUGGGCAGCGUGGCCGUCAGCGAGUCAGAGUAAAGAACCAGCAGGACUGGGCAGGCCAGAAGACCCCUUCCUCACUGUCUUUAGAGACCCCUCCCCAGAACGCAGCCCCCACCCCCAGGACAACCCUGUCAGUAUCUGGGCAGCUGCUCCACGAUCCUCCCGCCCCCCUCCAGACAUGGACCCCUCAGCCCUCUGCUUCCCGGCCUUCUCCCAGUCUCUGGCCCCUCCAGAGCUGGACCCGGCCCUGUGGAGCUGUAAACACAUCCCUCCUGAAGACCCCUUCCUGGCUGCCUUCGAGAGGACCGUCACCCAGGAGACCCUGCCCCCCCCUGACGCCUGGGCCCCCCCACGCCCGCGCCCCUCCAGAGAUGGAAGGGGGAUAGAGGUACAGGGCGACCCCUUCUCCAGCUCCCUCAGUGACAGUAAAACCCUCCCCACCCCCUCCUCCUGCUCUCGCAAGGACAGGGACAGGAAACGGGACCGUAGUGCCCCGCCCCCAGAAUCACCUGACGACCCAUUCGCCAUCACUAUGAUUGGCAGCCCCACCCACCAGUCAGCCCUAGCUGCCGCGACAGGAAUCCUGACCCACAUCGUCAGCAGUAGUAGGCUGACCCUCAACUCCAACUCCCUCCCCUUAUCCCAUCCUAAGAAGGAGCUGGUGCACUGGAACUCUGUCCACAACCCCUUCAGUGAGGGGACCUCGGCUGGGUCUCUGGCCCUGGGUGGAGUGGUCCGGGAGGGAGGGAGGAAGCACCGUGAGUCGCGCAGCGAAAGCGAGCCACGCAGGAGCGGCCUGCCUCUCACACGGCAUUCUGGGCCACAGGAGGACCUGUGUUUUUCUACUGAUAAAGACCAGAACUGCCUGGACCUGAACACAUCACAGCCGCCCUGCAACAUGGCCUCACACAAGAGUUGUAAUAUUGGUAAUGUUCCUCUAGGUUCGAAGCAUAGCUUCAGGCAGGACAGUGCAGAGCUGCUGGUGGCAGCCCCUCCCAGACCAGCCAGAGCCAAGAGGUCCUCAGGCAGACUGAGUGGCUGUGAGAGAUCCAGGUCAGUGUGCUCGUCUCCUCAGCCAGACCCCAGCCCAGACCUCACCUCGUCCUCCUCCUCCAGCCCCAGUGAGUGGGGGGCACAGACACGCGCCCCGAGCCCUGCUAGAGGUGGGCAGCCCUCACCCCUCUCCCAUCUGCACCAAGACCAUGCGCCCCUACACAUGCAUCUGUCUCGCGGACCGAGCCCAAUCUCCAUGAGCACCCAAGAAUUAUGGCCUGUGGCUGCAGCCAUCACAGAAUACAUCAAUGCUUACUUCAAAGGUGGACAACACAACCGCUGUCUGGUGAAGAUCACAGGAGAUCUCACCAUGUCUUUUCCUGCUGGAAUCACUCGUAUCUUCACUGCUAACCCAAACGCCCCGGUCCUCAGCUUUCGAUUGGUCAACAUCUCCCGGGUUAACCACUUUCUGCCCAAUCAGAAGCUGCUUUACAGUGACCCCUCUCAGAGUGACCCAGACACCAGGGACUUCUGGUUCAACAUGCAGGCACUGAACCUUUACCUGCAGAGAGAGGCUGAGCUCAACCCCCUGGCCUCCUACUAUAACGUGGCCCUACUCAAGUACCAGGUGUCGUCCCAAGACCCUGGUCGUGCUCCCCUCCUGCUGUCAGCAGAGUGCCAGCGUAGUGGCACGGUGACCCGUGUAGCGCUGGACUACCACUGCUGCCCGGCCACCGCCCCCUCCACCCAGCUCACUGCUGUGCAGGUGCUGCUGCCCCUCGACCACACCGCCACAGACCUGCAAUGCCAGCCCCCAGCCGCCUGGCUCUGGCACGCUGUGUGCCAGCUGGCAGUGCCUGGAGGUUCCUCGUGGACCUCCCCCCAGCCUGGCAGUACAGUUUGUGGGCUCCGGGGCCUCUCUGUCGGGCAUGGAUGUGGAGCUGGUGGGCAGUCGCUACCGUAUGUCCCUGGUCAAGAAGAGAUUUGCCACAGGGAAGUACAUGGCAGGCUGCUCCUUGUGAGGAGCAGUAGGAGUGCCCAGGCCAUCGAUAGGAGUUCCUGGAGUACACAUUGCACUUUUAGCCCUCUGGGCCAUACUGACCUCCUUCCCCAGGAGGUAGAGGACAGACAGACUGGGAUGGGUUUGACAUUGGGACCAGACACCGUGCUCACUCAUUCUCCUGGCUUUGGAGGAGAAUGUGCACUUAACAUGUGUAUGCUGACCUUGCUGCUAAAAAGGAUCAAGCUCGUUUUCGGAACUAGUCUUUUCUUUUUCAGCUCUGCGUUGUACACGCAAUCCUUGCCCUUUCCCAGGGGAGUGUACCCUUCUCUUUUUCUUGUAUUGAAUCUUGUUUGUUGUGUUUGCAUUGUGUUCUGUGUGCCUUUUUAUAUCAGGAGUUUGAAAACUGGAUGUAAGAAGUUGGUUUUAUUGAAGAGAAAGAAUUGUGUGUAUGAAUAUAAACAUACUACGUACAUAAUGUCUUGAACAGAAUUUCCAUGGAAACUUGAAUUUAAUGUAAAUAUAUAAGGAAUAUUUCUGCACAUAUAGACUGAAUCAUUGUGAGUGGUUACAGUAUUAACACUUCAUUGGCCAGGAAGACUCAUUUGAAAAAGCUGUUUUUCCAAAAUAUACACAUUUCAUUUGACUUUCUAAUUAAUAAAUGAACGUGGCCAAAAACAGAUGGUUUCCACCAAUUUAUUACACACUAUGCAGUUUGUUACAGACUGUAUGCCCUUAAGCUAGGUAAAGUGUAGUCAAGAAUGUUUAAAAAUACAUAAAAAUAAGGGUUCAAUAUACUUGUAAGAAGAACCAGAUUUAGUUCAAUAAAAAAUAAUCCUCAGCCAAAAGUCUAAACAGCAUUACAAAAAACAUUAAAGUUCACAUAGAAAUUACUUUCCAAAGCACUUAAAAGGCAAAGUACUGACAGGCACGAGUUACAAAGAGCUCAGGAUUCUCAAGCUACUACAAACUCUGAGGGGGGAAAGUAAAAUUAAACCAAAAGUGUUUAGAAAAAAAAGUUCAUGUCAAUCAGUAAUUAAAUCAGUUAUAUUUAUUCAUAAAUAGAAAUGGAGAUUCUCUCAAUAUGGACACGUGACUGACGUUUCAUAGGUUAAUUGGGCACUUACACCCCAAAUAUCAACAUUGUUACAGUUAAAUAUUGUUGUUGACCAUAAGACAUAGAAAAUGAUCAAAACAAGACAAAACGUCUGCGUCACACACACACAUCAGUCCCAGCCACUAAAUAAUCAAAGCAAGGAGGACAUCCCCUUUUAAAAGCACAAACAGUACAGUAUGGGAAGAUAGAAAUGAUUGGGGAAAGACCAA